AGUGGGGAGGCGGAGAGCAACACAGGAAAAUAUUUAGUGUCAUUUUCCACCACUAUGUGUGUGUUCCUGACUGGUACACUGGUAGUGUGAGUCACUGUAUCUGAGUGGUUGAUGGCAGUGAACUCAUUGUACAGUAGUCCAUCACGCAUCUGACCUGCUCCUGCUCUCCUCAUGCUGGGAAGAUUUAUACAAAGCUUCAUCGCACACUCUAAUUCAGCAUUCAGGAGUCCACAGUUCAGACAGAGUUCAACAUAACAAGAUUGUCUGAUCCUCUGUAUCAACAAAACUAAACUAAAGCCCUCUCAGUCUGUCAGUAUGAAGGUGUUAGAGGUGGGAGACUCAGUGAGUCAGUUCAGGUUGGCUGAGUCAUGUGUGGGGCUGGCAGGGUGUCUGUGCGUGGCCUACUCUGUUUGGACCCCUCGCUGGCUCAAUGACCAGGGACUGUGGUCUAUAGGCAACAACAGCACCAACACAGAGAGUGAUGGUGACCAGACUGGGGACAUCAUCUUUAACGCCCUGGAGGCAGAGCAAGUGUUUGGGGUGCUGUCAUUCCUCAUGGCUGUGAAUUCAGGGGCUCUGUGCCUCGUGUUCGCCCUCUGCUGGACAUCCCAGACAGCGCGCUCUUACUCCAACACCCGCUCCCUCCUCAUGGCAGGCCAGGCCCUCUACCCCACCGUCUUGCUGCUCCUCACUCUGGGACCCACAGGAUUCUUCUUCCUCCUCAGCUGGUCCCUCUUCACCUACCAGCACCGGGUGGAGAUCAGCGAGGACUUCACAUGCCUGGGCUCCUCCUUUUGGCUGGGUACCCUGGGCUGGGCCCUGCUAUUGGUUGCUCUGCCUGUGGUCUUCCUGGUGGAGCAGUGUGUGGUCCCGGACAUCCUGCCAGAUCUCAUGAAGGCUGCCGAUGGGUGGCGGGGCGCCUCCCAGGUACCGUACGCCCAGCGCUCGUUCAUCGUGAGUCACCAGCGUUGUCAUGAAGACCAGAGUGAUGAAGACAUUGCGAGAGGGCUGAGGAGGUACAUGUCUGUACCCUGAGAGGAGGAAUAGAGAGGACACAGGACAGUGAUGGAGUAUUAGUGUAACCUUCUUCAGGCUCAGAGACUGAGCUGACUGCAGAAUGGGACUGGACUGGACUGGGCACACAGCUGAUAGGGGUCCAUGUUCACACUAGCAGUUCACCAGGGAGAGGAGCUUCUAGUCUGUGUCUGUAUCAGAGAUUUCUCCACUGUAGGAGAAUGUUUACAGACGCACUCUGAGAAUAUGUAAUAUUAAACUAAUCAAAUCAAAUUUCAUUGGUUGUGCACACAUAUUUUGCAGGUGUUAUCGCAGAUGCAGCGAAAUGCUUAUGUUUCUAGCUCAAACAGUGCAGUAAUACCUAACAAAACAAAAUACACAAACCCAAAAAAUAGCAGAACGAGCAAUGUCAGAGUCUGGAAUAUAUAUACCUUUCAAAAGUUUGGGGUCACAUAGAAAUGUCCUUGUUUUUGAAAAGCACAUUGUUUGUCCAAUUGCACAUUUCCAUUAGCACAUUUUUUGUCCAUUGAAAUAACAUCAAAUUGAUCAGAAAUAGAGUGUAGAUAUUGCUAAUGUUGUAAAUGACUAUUGUAGCUGGAAACAGCUGAUUUUUAAUGGAAUAUCUACAUAGGCGUUCAGAGGCCUAUUAUCAGCAACUAUCACUCCUGUGUUCCAAUGGCACGUUGUGUUAGCUAAUCCAAGUUUAUAAUUUUAUAGGGCUAUUUGGUCAUUAGAAAACCCUUUUGCAAUUAUGCUAGCACAGCUGAAAACUAUUGUUCUGAUUAAAGAAGCAAUAAAACUGGCCUUCUUUAGACUAAAUGAGUAUCUGGAGCAUCAGCAUUUGUGGGAUCGAUUACAGGCUCAAAGUGGCCAGAAACAAAGAACUUUCUUCUGAAACGUGUCAGUCUAUUCUUGUUCUGAGAAAUGAAGGCUAUUCCAUGUGAGAAAUUGCCAAGAAACUGAAGAUCUCGUACAACGCUAUGUACUACUCCCUUCACAGAAGAGCGCAAACUGGCUCUAACCAGAAUAGAAAGAGGAGUGGGAGGCCGCAGUGCACAACUGAACAAGAAGACAAGUACAUUAAAAUUAUAUACUUGGAUUAGCUAACACAACGUGCCAUUGGAACACAGGAGUGAUGGUUGCUGAUAAUGGGCCUCUGUACGCCAAUGUAGAUAUUCCAUAAAAACCAGCCGUUUCCAGCUAAAAUUGCCAUUUACAACAUUAACAAUAUCUACACUGUAUUUCUGAUCAAUUUGAUGUUAUUUUAAUGGACAAAAAUGUGAUUUUCUUUAAAAAACAAGAACAUUUUUAUGCCCAAUCUUUUGAACGGUAGUGUAUAUAUACACAAAUAUAAUGGUAUGUGUAUAGACAGUAUAUGAAUAGAAAAGUUGUUUACAGGAGUAGAUAUAUAGGAUAAGCCUUGAAUAGAAUACAGUAUAUACAUAUAAAGUAGUUAAAACAGUAUGUAAACAUUAUUAAAGUCACCAAAAGUGUCAAUGCUGAGAUAAAGGGUUCUUGUCAAGCAAGGAACAAUUUGUAGUUGUUUGUUGCCAAGCACACUUUCAGUAAGAUUUUCUGUGUAGUAAAGGAAAUGUUUAUGUUACAAUAGCAGCCUCAUGUGGUGAGUAUGACCAAGGUUUGAUGUUGAAAAAGCUAUUUUUGAUACAGCUUGGCAGCAGUGUUCUGUUCGCAAGUAUUCAACAUUAAUUAGUGGAAAGUCACACAUUUUGGUUGUUUGUGUACAAAGUGGGAUCUCUACUUGUUGAAUUUAGAUGAAAGUGAUACAUACAUUUACAGUUUAACAGUUUAACUGAUACUUCUAAGACAGUCCUAUGUGAAUGUGCAUUUUCUCAGCAAGCUUGAUACUCAUCACCACUAUAAAGUGACUGAUAUCACAAAGUUUUUGCAAUGGGACUGUGAUAUUAUUGAUAUUGUACCUUUAAAACACAGAUGAAUAAACUGCUGCUUUUAUUUACUCA